UUUAAUUGUUUUUUUUUUUUUUUUUUUUUUUAAUAUUCUGAUGAUAAAUAUAAACUUUAAAUAAAAAGUGACAUCAAGUGCCACCGGCUGAUAAUGAAUGAGGUCCAGAGUGGAUUUAGUAGCAAAACUGAAUUAUAGAUGGCAACAAGUGCUGGUGAGAAUGUUAUCAAAUAAAGAAUAAAAAAAAACCAGCUGUUAAAAUGCUGCAAGUGACAAUCAUAAAUAUAUUAUGAGGAUUUAAAAUAAAUAAUACAGUAACGAUACCAAUUAAAUAAACAUUAAAAUAACUAAUUUUAAAUAAUCGAUGGAGGCAAAGCUUGCGGCUUACAGAUUACAGAAACGUCGUCAAGCAAUGGUCGAAAAUGCUAAGAAAACUUUUCAUCAGACUCUUACAUCUUGGGAAGACAAAUCUCGUGCUUAUUUGACACGUCGUGAGGACAAGGAUGAGAUUGAAAGUGUUACCUCUGAAGAGAGUAUUGAUGUUUCACCGAGACAGAAUCCAGUUAUGACGCGAUUGAUUUAUCUAUUGUGGUUUUUAUUAUGGGCAACAUUGUAUAUGGUGGCGAUACAAUUUGAAUUUGGCGCAGUUUAUUUUAUACUGUCGGCGUUAUUUUUUAUCUGGAAAAAUACGCGGUCAGGACCUAAGAAAAAAGGUGAAAUAAGCGCGUACUCAGUAUUUAAUCCGAAUUGCGAAGCAAUACAAGGCACUGUCAAUAUGGAUCAGCUGGAACGAGAAAUGGGCUUUGGAGUUCCAAUUCAUUCAAGAUGA